AUGUCAUCUCAACUUUCAGUCGCUGCUCCAUCAUUGGGAAUGACUCUUGGGGUAUUUUACAUCUGUGCAACGAUAGCUGCCAUGCAAGUAGGCUUUUUCGGAAUAACGACUUCACAAGUCGCUAAAUAUUACAAGAAAUAUCCUGACGACUGGUGGAUAUUUCAAUACUCCGUCGGCAUACUAUGGAUCUUCGAUGCCCUUCAUGUUGCUCUGAGUACCCAUGUGACGUAUCAUUAUCUAAUAGACUUGUUCGGGGACUAUGAUGAACUGCAACAUAUCGUUUGGAGCUUUAGGCUUCAAAUACUGACCGCUGUGAUCGUCAUCGUAGGCGUCCAAGGUAUAUACACUAUUCGAAUCUGGAAACUUGGCCGUUACUUUCAUCGAAUUCUUCCUUGGAUUGUGGUUCUUACCUUCAUAGUAACUCUCGGCAAUGUAAUUUUUUCAGUCCGUGAUGCAUACUCCAUAUCCAAUUUCCAGAUGUUACCAAGUGUGAAGGGAGCAGCAUGCAUCAUUCACUCGAUCCUGCUGGUUUCCGAUUUUAUCAUCACGUUGUCCAUGUGCUACUACCUGCACAAAAGCAGGAAAGCAUCCGGCUUCUUCAAAACAUCUGACAAGCUUCUUGGUAUGAUGCGGCUCGGUGUGAUAUCAGGUUUGGCUACAAGCACAUGCACUCUACUAGCUUUAAUCACAUACCUUAUGCGGCCGAACACUUUCAUUGCCUUUGGCAUUGAUUUAAUCCUUCCAAAACUUCAUAUCAACUCACUACUUGCUAUGUUAAACUCCCGGAAAGCUCGGGCAAAGGGUGCAUCAUCAGAAUCAAAAGCCCUCGCUCUCACAUAUCACAACUCUGGUACGGAAGUCGCACACAUUAGUAUUCCGAUGGAGAGCAAUGUUUCUUUGGAAGCCUCAAAGUAG